AUGGUCAGCAACAAGCGACAGCUAUGGAACCUGCCGACGCAGACGACUCAGAUGGAAUCGGCGCACUGCACGCCCUUCACUCUGCCUUCGAACGGCGUCAUCUCGCUCAAGGAUUCGGUCAUAACCCUGACCACCGAUGUGGUCUUCCGACCUGAAUGCACCGGCGCAGGGAUUCAAGAGGUGUCGUCUAUCCUCGGCAAGGACCCGUUCUAUUCCUCGACGAUACCGCAGACGUAUGUGAUUGCGGCGGCGACGGUGAUAGCAUGGAUUCUCGUGGUCAUGCUUAUCAUCACGCCGCGCACGAACUUUCUCGGUGGUUCGGGCGCGGUGCAUGGGUUCGCGAAUGGGCGCGGGAUCAUUGGAGGAGCGACGGGCGGUACACCGAGUUUGAUCGGCGUCGGGUCCAGGCCGUGGUUGCAGAAGGUCGCGGCGCUCACGGUGGCCAUCUCCUUGACCAUCGCCACUGCGGACUUCUUCGUGGCUGCGCAGGAGCAGUACGAGAUGGGCUACAUGGACGCGAAUGACUUGCGAGAACAUGUCCUCGGGACCAUGGAGAUCAGAGUCACGCGCGUAAUAUCGGAUGUCUUCCUCUGGCUUGCGCAGGUGCAGACACUGAUACGGCUCUUUCCACGGCACAAGGAGAAGGUGCUCAUCAAGUGGAUUGGAUUUGUGCUGAUCCUGUUCGACUCCAUCUUCUCCUGCCUCAACUCUUUCCUGGUCGAAAGCACGCAUCCGCCACGGCAAUUCGUUGACGCGAUACCGGCAUUAUCAUAUCUGUUUGAACUGGCGUUGGGGUUAUUAUACGCAGCUUGGGUGAUUUACUAUUCCCUGACGAAACGACGCUAUGCUUUCUACGACUCGAAGAUGCGGAGCAUUACUCUGAUUGCAGUUCUGUCUCUGGUGGCUGUACUCACGCCGGUUGUAUUCUUCGUCACGGACGUUUCGAACCCAGAUGUUGCGGGAUGGGGUGACUACUUUCGAUGGGUGGGCGCUGCGGCCGCGAGUGUGGUUGUUUGGGAAUGGGUGGAGCGCAUUGAGGCGUUGGAGCGGGAUGAGAAGAAAGAUGGCAUUCUAGGACGCGAGAUCUUCGAUGGGGACGAGAUGUUGGAUGCCACGCCAAGUGAGGAUCUUGUAUGGAAUGACACGCACAACGACGGGCGUGGAGGGAGAAAGGAUAGAGAUGGAAACGGUGGUGGGGCGGGCAAUCAGUCCAGCGCUUUGGAGAAGGGCCUUUUUAGUGGUGUCGCUCAGCGGUUCCGACAGCGCCAGAAGCCACCGCACCACUUCCCACUGGGUCGGACGCACUCGCAAACUACGACGACUGCGACUCCCGAGCUAGGUCGCAGGGAGCGUGGCCGAGGAGGCAUCGUGUUUGGUGAUCUGCCGAAUCCAAGGAACCGAACAGAGGAUCGAAUAUUGGGAGGUCCAACACCACCGCCCGCAGUUGCCAGUCCAGUGAGCAGGACGGACACCACCAGUGCAGCUAGUACGGUGUACGUUGUACAACGCAAUCCUCACGCUGACCACCCGCAACCUGUUCGCCGACGCAUGGACGCCUUUGGGAACACGGCACGAGCUCUAGCUCAAGCACGAUCGCAACGGCAAGGCAGGGAUACGGGAGCGACCAAAGACCCGGAGAAGGAAGAGUAUGAAGAGCAGCCACCGCGACCCAACCUGGGUCGCAGCACUGGCGCAUGGCUUGCCGUGAACAAUCCAUUCAAGCGGAAACGUGCUUCGCCGCCUGCAGAGGUCCAACAAGCCAGACACGCGGCUGCGCAGGCACCAGCCCGUGCGAUCACUCCAGCGCACAAUUUCUCCCCCUGGGACAUCAAGAACCGCAUUGGUGUCUUGGCUGCAGAGACAGGAGACAAGCUUCGAGAUCGAAGAGCGAACCGCCGACCCGAAGUCGACUUGCCCGUCACCGUCGUUCCGGCACAGCCUCGCGGGAGUGGCCGAACGUGGACGCCUCCUGUACCGACACCGACGCCUACUGUGCAGAAGACGACUGGCGCAAUCGGUUAUGUUGAGCAUUUCCCCAGCGACACUACUACGCUCACUGCCAACAGCCAGGAUGUGUCUAGACAGCAAGUGCGCGUUGACGAUCAGAGCCCAUUAUGCGCCGGUGGCAUAGGUCCCACGCCAACUCCUCCUGCAGGCAGGACUCAAGCUGUACAGAGCCCACCGCGCGCUGACGACUUGAGUCCUGCGGCCGCGACCGAGUCGCCAGUGGUCGUUCCUGCACCGAGGAGGUCUCAAAGGAGUUCGCCGCUGGCUUUGCAUCACACCUCUGCGGAUAGUGGAUCUGAGCGAGAGAGGGAUGAAGGGAUACAGAACCCCUACGCUUUGUACGGCGGUCAUGCCAGAGGAAUCGAUCUGGGCGGAUGA